AUGGCAUCUCAACAUUCGCGGAGGUCACGCGAGACCACCCGCCCAGAAAUGACCAUCGGUCCCUACACUCGGCAUAACAAGAUCGGACAAGGAAGCUUCGCGACGGUCUACCAAGGUGUACAUACGAAAACCCGCACCUUUGUAGCCAUCAAGUCCGUCAACCUGUCGAAGCUGAACAAGAAGUUGAAGGAUAACCUUUCCUCCGAAAUCGAUAUCCUGAAAGGUCUCCACCACCCACAUAUUGUCGCUCUCAUCGAUUGCCAUGAGUCUACAUCACAUAUCCACUUGGUCAUGGAGUUCUGUGCUCUCGGGGACCUCUCGGCUUUCAUCAAGAAGCGAGACACUCUGUAUGACCAUUCAUCUACCCGAGACAUGAUUGCGAAAUACCCAAAUCCACCCGGCGGAGCCCUCAACGAGGUCGUUGUUCGACAUUUCCUCAAACAGCUCUCGAGCGCCCUUCACUUCCUGCGUGAGCGAGACCUCAUUCAUCGAGACAUUAAGCCUCAAAAUCUCUUGCUUUGUCCAGCGCCAGCCUCAUACCGCAGUGGAUCGUCCCAGUUCGCUCCGUACAAAGGCAGCGAUAAUUUUUACGAGCCGACGACGGGGUUGGAGACGCUACCGAUGCUCAAGAUUGCAGAUUUUGGAUUCGCUCGAUCUUUACCUGCCACUUCAUUAGCGGAGACGCUCUGCGGCUCGCCAUUGUACAUGGCACCCGAGAUUUUGCGAUACGAAAAAUAUGGUGCCGAGGCUGAUCUCUGGUCUGUUGGCACAGUACUUUACGAAAUGGUGGUGGGACGACCACCUUUCCGGGCUACGAAUCAUGUCGAACUACUUCGGAAGAUUGAGAAGGGGGAAGAUCGAAUACGAUUUCCUGAGGAGAACCCGGCAUCGGAUGAUAUGAAGAAGCUAAUUCGAGGACUGUUGAAGCGAAACCCCGCGGAACGGUUGAAUUUCCCCGAAUUCUUCAACAGCAAUGUCAUCACAGAACCAAUCCCUGGUUUAAUCGCUGAUGACUUGCCCCGAGACCGCCGGCGUACCUCUGGGGAGCUCGGACGAGGACCAUUGCCGUAUCGGACCGACUCUCGACCCAGUCAAAUUGAUCCCAAUGCUGAGAGGGAUUCGCCUUAUACCACCGACCAGGAGGAACGUAUAACAUAUCCGCCUCCGCACCGGCCAAAGCCCACACGGGAAAAGUCCGAUACCCCACCGAGUGCCUCACCUAUGCGUCGGAUAGGAAGCGCCGACCGGCCUUCAACUGGUGCUGUGAGAGAGACUGCACGGGGUGGAACGCCGCCGCAGCGACCUACUGCAAUCACUCACGCAACGGCACCCGGUCGGCAGGAGCUUGUUGAUAAGAACACGCCAACGGCGGCUAUGGAACGACAGAGGAGCCGGAAAACGUAUUCCGGAACGUCAAAGCCCAUUCAGGAUGAUCGAACGGUGGAGGAGCGUGAGCGGGCUGCUCAAGAGGUGGCAUUUGAGCGGGACUACGUGGUAGUUGAGAAACGGGCGGUUGAAGUUAAUGCAUUCGCAGACGAGUUGGCGCAUAGCCCUCGGAUUCAAGGCGGCUUUGCCCGUGGCCCCGGAAGCUCUGCGCCUCGUCGUGCAACUACGCAGGGCCUUCCCUCUGUGGUCUCCACUUCUCCGCAUUACAACGCUUCCAAGGCUAUGCAGGUUAUUCCUGGCCGUGCGCGAGCUGACUCCCUUCACCAACGCCAACAUUCAUAUGAGCGACGCUAUGGACAAAGCCCAACGUCAGCUACAUCUGCGAUCUCCAAGGCUCUUAAUAUGGCCAGCGGUCGGCUGUUUGGAAUGGGCUUCUCGCCUCCCUUGGCUAUCACCAAGGGCGGACGGUCUCCACCUCUAUCCUACAACCCUUUCCCAGCCUAUCCAGCCGCACAAGCUAGUUUGCUGCUUAUGGGCGAUGGAGCCAAGACCAAUGCCACUGUCGAUGAGGACUGCAGGACGGUUCAGAUCAUCGAAGAAUGCGCUACCCGUAGUGAUGUCGUCUAUGGGUUUGCUGAGGUCAAAUACAAACAACUUAUACCACUGGCUCCAUCAGCCUCGACAGACCCGUCUGCACGACACAGCCUUGGUGGAGCUGAGGAUCCUAAUGACUCCACCGAUGAUGGACUAACGGUCGACGCCAUUGUGACCCUUUCUGAGGAAGCCCUAGUCUUAUACGUCAAGGCUCUGUCUCUACUCGCCAAGUCCAUGGAUAUCGCAGGUGCUUGGUGGACGCGCAAGAACCGGGAGGAUACCUAUGGAGACUCAUCACAUCGCGCUGAUAACAGCGUACUCGCCGGCGCUCGGAUUAAUAACGUGGUGCAAUGGGUCCGAAGCCGGUUCAACGAAGUUCUGGAGAAGGCUGAGUUUGUCCGUCUGAAGCUUAUCGAGAGUCAGAAGCGACUACCUCUCGACCAUCCUAGUCAUCCGGAUAACCACUCGGUCGGGUCUACAGUUGCCUCGAGUGGAUCGGCCGACGUAGUAGUCAGUGCUGGCGUCACGGCCGAGAAGCUAAUGUACGACCGCGCAUUGGAGAUGAGUCGAACUGCGGCUAUCAAUGAGUUGACCAGCGAUGAUCUUGCCGGAUGUGAAAUCGCCUACGUUACGGCCAUCCGUAUGUUGGAGGCAGUGCUGGAAGAUGAUAGCUUGCACUCGUCUUCGGGCCAAUCUGGUCAUCAGCAACAAUCUUCUCACGGCGACAAGGGGUCGGUGGAUGGCCUGCAAAGGGAGGAUCGUCAGGUGGUGGUCAAGUUGGUGUCUAGCAUGCGCGGUCGCCUUGCCUCUCUUAGGAAGAAGCUGGCACUUUUGGCAAAGCGUACUACCCCAACCAUGAACAGUGGUCGAAUGCCAUCGUCCAAUCUAGUUCCCGUAACGCAUGCGACAGGCGCAACGCCACCUCGAUGA